AGUGUACGAAAGUAACGAAACAAUUCUAUCCCUAGCGAUAUCAAUAUCUAGUACAUAAUACCAGUAUCACGAACACAUGAUUCUCGUCACUUAUUGAUCUAUACUUAUUCUGCCUGAUCUUGUUGAACACAAUCAUGUCGACGCCCUCAACCAAGACUCUUGAUCACAUCGUGCAUCUCACACCUCCCGGCUCAGUGAAUGAGGUAUCACGGCAAUUCCAAGACCUUGGCUUCCAUGUCAUCCCAGGGGGUACACACGCUGGGGGACUGACAGAGAAUGUGCUCGUGAUACUGCAAGACGGCGCAUACCUUGAGCUCAUUUCCUUCACGCACCCAGCAUCACAUUACCCACCAGGAUCGCCUGCCCGCCAGAAACGGGAUGCCAAUCCCUGGGCAUGGAAAGAACCUGGUUGGAUUGACUACGCGUUCCUCGGGUCUUCCAGCUCCUCAAUAUCAGAGCUUAUAAACGCCCGACCCAAGAAGGACAAGAGUAGGAUUCGGUAUGAUCCAGAAGUUGACGGAGGAAGAGAGCGCAGCGACGGCAAGGUGUUAAAGUGGCGAAACUCUGCACCAUCCCAGGAUGAUGGCCGGGGAGUUGCUCCGUUCUUCUGCGGAGAUGUGACGCCAAGGGAAUGGAGGGUUCCAAUCGAUCCCCCUUCGAAUGCAGAGCAUCCAUCAGGAGUAGUUGGAGUCGCAUACGUCCGAAUUCUGGUGGAAGAUCACGAUCUGUCGGACAUGAAAGCGAAUAUGACGUCGGUCGUCGGUACAUCACCUGUGACUAACACAGAGCGACGAGCAACUUGGGUGCUUGACACGCCUAAAACAGAUGUCGCUGGAGGAAAACCCCGACUUAUCAUCAGCGUGCCAGAGACAGAGGACGAGCGCUGGACAUUGAAAGAGAGGGGCGAGGGUAUUUAUGAGGUUGCGUUCCUCGUUAGCUCAGGAAUGAAGCCGGGGCAAGCCUGGACGCCGUACGGAAAAAUUGUCUGGUUAAGGGGAUAAUAUCUAUCUUCUUGAGGAAGUUUGCUCUGGCAGAGGUGGUCUACCGCAGUGUAUCCUUCAGUUGCGAUACGCGGGUGAACCGAGAGGACACCCAAUUAUUGUUCCCCUUAGAAUGUAAAUGCAUCCUGAAACCUGUCAUGAAGCCAGAUAACCGGACUAAAGAAAACGCAUUACAAUAA